ACUUUGGAGUACCAAAUUCCGCUUUACCCAUCUUUGUUUUCUUCAGUUGUCUUCUUGGAUUGAUGAUCUUGGAGUUUGUAAAAGUUGUACUAUAAUUUUUUUCUGGAAGCUUCAACUUUCUUCAACUAGCUCCGAUUCUAAAAACUGAACUCUUGAAGUUACCUUGUACCACAAGAAAUCAUCGCAGCAUUACAAAGAACCAUCAUGUUCCAAUUCAAAAACUUAUUUAAACUGCGAGGCCAAAGCAGUUUGUUCACCAAAUUCACACCUAGAAAUAACCAACUGGCAGUUAGGUGCCACUCAACUUAUAGAAGAUUCAAUAACCGUACUGUUGCAUCUCAUUUCAUCUAUGACCCAAAUUUCCGUAAAUAUGCUGGUGGAUUCCUAGUGCUAUCAGGUAUAUUUUAUGUUGCAAAUCUAGAGCCAGCUCCAGUCUCAGGAAGAAGACGUUUCAUAUGGAUAAGUGAAGGAUUGGAGAAGAAGGUCGGUGAUUAUACCUAUAAGCAAGUUUUGGCUGAGAAUAGAGGCAAAAUCUUACCUUCACAUCACCCAAUCUCUCAGAAAGUCACUGGUAUCUUCAAAAAGAUUUUGGAUGUUAGUCCAGUUGACGAAUCACAUCUUGAUUGGAAAGUUCAUAUUGUCAAUGAUCCAAAUGCACCACCAAACGCUUUUGUUCUUCCAGGAGGUAAAGUCUUUGUCUUUAGUUCGAUCUUGGGAAUUUGUGCUAAUGAUGAUGGUAUAGCUACUGUUUUAUCACAUGAGUUUGCUCACCAAUUGGCUAGACACACUGGUGAGAACUUGUCCAAGACUCCGAUAUAUGCUAUUCUGGGAUUGAUUAUGUACAGUUUGACUGGUGCUGACAUGUUCAAUUCAUUGCUGAUAAACGCUGUCUUCAAAAUGCCAGCAUCCAGAGAAAUGGAAAGUGAAGCUGACUACAUUGGUUUAAUGUUGAUGUCUGAAGCUUGUUUCGACCCAAAAGAGGCUUCAAGGCUAUGGGAAAGAAUGUCCAAGUGGGAGAAAAGAUCUGGUAUAUCACAACCAGAAUUCUUGUCUACCCAUCCUGGUACUGAAAGAAGAAUAUCCAACAUGCAAAAAUGGUUACCAGAAGCCGAAGAGAAGAGAGAAAGAUCCCAUUGUAACGAUUUUAUAAGCUUUUAUGAUUUUGGUCGAGGACGUGAAAUCUUCUGAUGAGUUUAAUAAACCUUUUUUCCAACAUAAAUAUAUAGUCAAUAGGCGUAAUACACAAUAGAAU